CUCACGAAGCAGUGAGCAAUCCGGCCCACGAUGCGUGAAUUUGUUUUGUCCGAGAAAUUCCGAGGAAUAUGAUUCCCGGAUUUGAAGCCGCCAGGAUCAUCACUACCCUGUCGCUUUUGUUUGCAGGUCCACCGCACCGGCGAUCGAGAGCCGCCGCCGACAUGGCCGGCCGCUUCUUGCUCCAGAAGCUCGCCGCCUCCGCGGGGAUGUCCGGAUCCACAAACCGCAUCGGCGCUCACGCGUCCUCGUCAGCUGCGGCCGCCGCCGGCGCUCCGGUCGUCCCCCAUGCUUCGGGUGCUGCAAGGCACUUCAACACGUUCUCACGCUCCCGCGCAGCUGCUGUCAUCGACCACAGCGAGGCAGCGUCGUCUUUGGAUUCUGUUGGAGGAGUGAAGCUGCCAACCUGUUCGCCUGGCGUGUCCAGCAAGCUCAGACGUUUUCUGGGAGCCACAAUAGCCAGCAAGCCUUGCUGACAUCAGUAACACUUCGAUGAGAACAAUCUGGCUGGCUAUUUUCGGUGCUGUUCUUAUUGCCAACUGGCCUUCAGAUCAAGGCAAAAGUAGCAACAAGGUACUAAUCCAUCGCUGCCCAGGUUGCACCUGCCAAAGUGCCCCCUUCGAAAUCCUAGGUGCAGUGAAAUUAGGAGCUGCAAGUAGAUUGAGGCUGCCUUAAUUGGUUUGUCUUAAUUUGUUUGUUUUAUUCAGUAGAAUGCUUCUGAUUUGUGGCGAAACUACCUGCUUGUUCUUGAUUUUCUGAAGAACUCCAUCGAAGUUCGUAUAUCUA